AUGUCGUCAUCUGGAGCAGACGUUUCCCAGGACAGUAUCCUGAGUCCUGGGACACACUCCAGGAUUUUCGAGAACGAACAGAAUGAAACGGUAUACCUGAGUAAUAAUUGGCAACUGUACUGGGAAUGCUGCUCUCUUCUUUAUCCAAAUGCGCCAUGCAGACUGGCGUCCCCCUGUCGAAAUGGAGGGGUCAAGUCACAAGAUGGCGCUCGGUGUAUUUGCAAACCAGGUUGGAGAGGAUCAAGCUGUCUGGUACCAUGCGCGGCAGGGUUCUACGGACAGGGGUGUUCAAGGAGGUGCAAGUGUGGCAGAGGAGCAGAGUGCGAUCCCAUGUCAGGGGUGUGUUCAUGCUUGGAUAGAGACAGGUGUGAAUCUCGGUGCCGUUGGAACUUCUGGGGUACAUCAUGUCAGCAUCGGUGUAACUGUAAGACUGGUUGUCAAUGUGAUGCAGAUACCGGAGAGUGCAUCUGCAGAUCUAGAUCUCCAAGAAAUCGGGUGUCAAGUCCGGCAAAUAUGUACCUAGCCACCUUAACCCAGGCAGGUUUCCUGAAUGUCUGUGGUGGAGAGUGUAUGAAUGGCGGUACCUGCAGGACCAGUGGGGUGUGUAGAUGUCGUAAUGGAUUCAUCGGGACAUUCUGCGAGAACACCUGUCCCGAAGGCUCCUAUGGUCGGAACUGUCAGGAGACCUGUCAAUGUUCAUCCACGGCCGAGUGCCUACCCGAAUCAGGGCUUUGUAUGUGUCCAGGUUAUGCAGCAUCUCAAUCAGGCGGUUACGAUGACAGCGACGAGGACGAGUCCGACUCCGAAUACGAUGAGGACUCGUCCGAUAGUGAGUUAAUGAACCAUGUGUCAUCAUCAUACAGUAUGUACCACUGCACGGGACGGUGUCCGGUCGGGAAAUAUGGACCCUACUGCAUGCAGACCUGUAAUUGUCCCGCGGGACUUCUCUGUAAUGACGUCAGCGGGAACUGUGAAUGUCCCGAAGGUGAGGUGUGCGACGGAUCAGGCGGCACGACAACACAGAGAAAUCCAGUGGUGACGUCACCGCCUAAACGUAGAUUGCCAGUGACAUCGUCUCCAGCAGCAGCCAAUCCAGCUAACCCGGCUAACCCAGGCAGAGGAUCAUCAGGGACAGCGCCCGCUGCGUCCGGACCACGUACAGGCACUGGUACCGCAUCAGGCUCAUCAUCCUGGUCAUCUUCCUCAUCAUCCAGUCACUCUGUAUCAGCGACCGGGAGCAAGUAUCCUGCAGCGGAUCCAAACGACGGCACGGGCACGAGCAAGGCGGCGAAGCCCGAGAUCGCUCUCCAAGGCGACAAUACGGCGACGUCAGAGGAGAGGCUUGGUAGAGGAGAAACCCUGACAUUGUGGGCCGUGAUCGCGGUAUCUUCCCUAUUGUUGCUCGUUGUCGCAUCCGUUCUCAUCGCCAUCCUCAUCAAACGACAACACCGGGGAUCAACCGUUCAUGUAGAAGGAUCACACAAGAAGAGACUGGAAGAUACUAACGUCUAUGAGAUUGUCGAAUCCACCAAUGGUCCAUACAGAAGCAAUAGCAAGACCAUAGACAAGCUCGCAAAGAAAGCCCGGGAACGUGCCGAAUCCUUCAAAGCCCAGGAAAGCAUUAGUUCCAUCACCAAAGAGAUAUACCUUCUACGUACAUCGUCACUAAGCAACAUGUCUACCUUGAAUGUUCCAAGGAAAGACCACAAGGCAACCGAACUCUUUGCAAAUUGGGCCAACAGUCUCCGUCUUAACAAAUCCACCAACUCACUCAAUGAAGGAAGCUCGUCACCAGGCUCGUCUCGAAGUAGAUCGAGCUCCAACACUGUGACGAAGCCGUAUGCCACCAAGACAGUCCCCCUUGAUAAUGACUUUGAUGACUACGCAGAACCGGUGGAUCAUGUUUCAACCUUGAGCAAAGAUUUCCAACCUAAGAGGCCUCUGACAAUGACGAAUUCGGAUUCCAGGAGCAGCGAUCGCGGUUAUCAAUCAAUGUACACAUCUUCCGGUUCGAACUCCUCAUCGGACAGGACAUCGGCAGUUUAUAAGCCAACAGAAGAUAGUGAUUAUGAUGAGUUGGAAGAGGAAGUGGUAGACCAGGAGAAGAUCAAGCACUUCCGGUUGACGAGAUCGUACACGUACUCGGCCCCGUCUAAGGAUCAGAACGGAGAAUAUAGUUGUUUGAAUAGAGGUUUGAACACCAAUAACAGGCGUGGUCCUGACGAUAAGCGGAAGACGUCGCGAGGAAACACUGGAUACUGCAGUGCCGUAAAGACAGCAGAGACUGAUGGCGAGUACUCACAUCUCAAUCGAUCAGCAAAGAGACUAACCCAUAUUCCUACCAGGAGGAUUCAAGCUCCAACCCUACGCCACGACGAUGAAGACGACUAUGAUUACUUAGAAGCAAAUAAACCAGAACCGAACACGACAAAAGGCAACGGCAAUGUCCACAAGAAAUCUGAUGGCAAAGUGGAUACCCGUAAGAACCUUCCAGGAGAUGGAGGGUAUGACUUACUCAACAGACCAUUCAGAGCCAACAACGAUCAGUAUGAAUCCAUAUGGCCUGGUAAAAAGUGAACUAUCGUCGGGGUAAGCUUUAAAGGAGCUAUAUCAACGCUCGCAUCUCGUUGAUAGACAUGUAAGCCUUUAAAAUGGCUCGAAGGGAGGUAUUUGUGCAUUUUGGUGCCAUACUGGAUGUACUGGAGGACAGUAACGCUGUGCGCGUAAGAAGCGAAUACACUUGAGGAAGAACUCAUCUCCAUAAACUUCGAUGGUGUCGAAUAUUAACACCAACAAAUUUGGAAGGAACUCGAUUUUGUAUUGUUUGCACAAAAGAAUUUAAAAUUUUCAAAAGUGGUAACCAUUCAUUAGGAUAUACAAUUUGGCUUCAAUCUUGUAUGGUUAUCAUAGCCGUUGUGCAGAUUAACAUCGCCACCAUCCGCGGUAUUCCAUCAGCAUGUUUCCUUUAAUUCUUCUCGUUCUUUUUGAAAUUUUAUUUGGAAAGGAAGAAAGUUUUUGUAUUAAUGCCAGAAAGAUGGUGAACAGUUAUGAUUUUCUACACUUAUUUCGGAAGACAUUUUUCAUGUGUUUUUAGUAAGAUGAGUUUUAAAGGAUAUGAAAGCAUGGCAUGUAAGAGAGUCGGAAGAGUCUCUUACCCCACAACCAAAUGAAUUUUCUAAUGAAAAUAUAGGCUGCAACUGAUGGUAAUUGUUGCUUAAUGAUGAAAACUAAGAUAUUUUAAUGUUAACAUUUGAAUAAAGCCCAUCGCACACAUUUUGGCCGGUCAUGACAUAUUCUUGUCACGACUGGCAUUUUAAAUAUUUUUUCAUGAAAAUACAAAGAACUAAUAUUAUAUUAUUUGAGGUUGAUAACAGUAGUAGGAAUGCCUUUUUUUUUACUGCAAAGCGUCAGUUGUAAUACAAGUUUCAAAUCAUUCUCCCUACGAUUGGGAAUCGGUUCCGCUGUUAUUCCAAAUAGGGGCUUCUAAAUAGCCUUGAAUUUCAAGUUGAAUAUACUAUAGUUAUGAACUUUGGUUAGUAUGAUUCACUUUGUCUGAAAAUUCAUAUAAUGUUUAAUAUUCUCUUUUCCUUAAAAAAAAUCUUGACGAAGUCCGAUCCGUGUGCAACGGGUUUAUGACAUCACAGUUGACCUUAUAGUAAAUAUAUGUUACAUAGAAAAUGACGUUUAGGGGUAUCCAUAUUCGGUAGGACAAUGCAACUGUGACGUAUUAAUAAUCAGUUAAUUGGAUAUAUAAAGAUUGCCAACAUACUACAUAGCAAUAUGAACAGAAAGAAUAGCAAUAAUUAAGUCAUGGGCUCGUCUUUAUCAUUAAUUUGAUUGAGUUUGUGUGCAUAGCUGCAACAUGUUUUAUAUAGCAACCACCGAGUAGGCGAUAAAAACACGCUUGAGAAGUGCAAUUAUUAACAGACUUUUCUUUCAUACAUUUUGUGUAUAUUAUCAUCAUCAGUGUAUAUAUAUAUCGAGCGAAAUGCAAUCAUUUUUAUUUAUCAGAUUAAAGAGAUGCACAUGUUUCUUGGAGAAAAAAUAAAUGUUGUAAUUGAAAGAUUAAUGUAUGUACUCAAAUUAUAUUGUUAAUAAAAAAAUUAUAUCUUCGAUGACAAA